AUGCCGUUGGCAUAUGCCAAACUAAACCGUGCUCGAAGGCUGUCGACACGCCAAAAGGAGCUGGAGAGGCGGACGCCAGCUACUAUCAACGGAUGGAAAAGUUGCACUGGGCGUAAAGGAGCCGUGGCGGGUGCGGAAUUAUACACCAAUUCCAAGGGAGAAUUUGUUGUCGAAGAAAUUGGGGAUGAAAAAUGCACCCGAAAGGGUUGGUUUCUUUUGCGUCGUUUGUUAGUUCUCAACCUCCCAAACUCCACACCCAUAACACCCAUCUCCAACACCCAUCCAAUGUGGAAGAUCCUCGAAAAGCUAAACGAGCAUGACUUCCAGGUCCACAAGGGAGAAUACGAUGCCAACGGUGCCCGCUCUUACGCCUCCGCUAAACUCCUAUGCCGUGAUCCCCGAGACUGUAAAAGAACAGCGUUUAUAACCACUGAAAUGGACGAUGCGGAUACCGGAGGCCAACAGGCCACAGUAUACACCCCGCCAGAACUAACCGCCCUUCUGGAUCUCACCCGAAAGCGCUCGAGUAACACACCAAAGCUUUUUGGAUACAAAAUCGGUACUCAGGAUCGCUUAGGACUAGUUCCGGGUGGUUUAAUUAUUUGGCUCGUGUGGGAAAUCGUCCCAGGGCUACGCCUCGGCGAUAGUGAUGGUGCUGAUUCAUUUUGGGGGCUUGAAAGCUCCGAAAGAGAGCAAGUUCGCUCAGUCUUCAUUAAGGCUCUUCGGUGA